AUGCCAGCUUUCCGCCCCGCCAGCCGCGCUCUCCUGGGCGGCGUCGGGAAGUCCUGCCUGUUGCUGCAGUUCACGGACAAGCGCUUCCAGCCGGUGCACGAUUUGACGAUUGGCGUCGAAUUCGGCGCCCGCAUGGUGAACAUCAACAGCAAGCAGAUCAAGCUGCAAAUCUGGGAUACGGCUGGCCAGGAGUCGUUCAGGUCCAUCACAAGGUCCUACUACCGCGGGGCGGCGGGUGCCCUACUGGUGUACGACAUCACCAGGCGGGACACGUUCAACCAUCUCGCCAGCUGGCUGGAGGAUGCUCGGCAGCAUGCCAACCAGAACAUGACCAUCAUGCUCAUUGGCAACAAGAGCGACCUCAACGCCCGACGCGCUGUGUCGACCGAGGAGGGACAGCAGUUUGCAAAGGAGCAUGGCUUGGUGUUCCUGGAAACGUCUGCCAAGACGGCUGUCAACGUGGAGGAUGCAUUCAUCAACACAGCGAAGAAGAUAUACGAAAAGAUUGAGCAGGGCGUGUUUGAUGUCUCGAAUGAGUCUUUUGGGAUCAAGGUUGGGUAUGGUGCUGGAGGGCCCAACUCCCAAACAGUGAAGGUUGGGGCUGCUGCAACCCAAAAGGCGUCAGGACCAUGCUGCUAG